AUGUCUGCGACACAAUUAGCAUAUUCCCUCCGACUUUAUGAGGAAAACUGCAAGGAUUUAUGCACAACUGCUGUGGACUUGAUUCAAAGGGCAAGUGAUGUUGAGUCCUCGACCUUGGAGACAUAUCGUCUUAGGCUAGAGUCUCAAAUAAAGAAGUAUGAAGAACUCAACUUUAAGUACUUAGUUCAACUUGGAGAAGAAGGGUUCUCUGAGCAAGACCCUGAUAGAACACAGCUCACUACAAAGCGGUGUCAUGCCAACCAAGUCAUCACAGAGAGCACUGAAGUUUUGGAGAAACUAAAAAUCAUUUGCAUGGAAGCCAAACCCCAGAGGAGUAUUGCAACAGAGUUUAGGCCAUGGCAUAAGGUUAAGUUGCCGUCUUUAUCACUACCAGAAUUUGAAGGGACCGAUGGAGAAUGGCCCCCUUUUUGGGAUGUUUUCGAGUCUAACGUUCACUCUCGUCCAGACUUGAGAGCUGUUGACAAAUUUAAUUACCUGAAGGGAUGUUUGAAGGGUGAAGCUCUAACUCUGAUUAGAAAUAUUCUUGUCACGAAUGAAAACUAUUUAGACGCCAUUGACCUGUUGAAGAAAACUUAUGCUAAUCCAGAGAAAAUAAUCUCAUCUCUAAUUUGUCAACUAGCAGGCCUGCCUAAACCUUCUGCAGACCUGGAUUCACUACGUGGCUUCUGGACUAAACUUGAACAAUAUGUUAGAGGCAUAGAAAGAAACAAACCUAAUUCGGAUCACUGUACCUGGACGCUUGGACCUCUAGUUUUUCAAAAACUACCUGGCAAGGUGAAAGAACAAAUCCAAAACAAGUGUGGACAGGACUACCCCUCACUCCUAGAUAUUAGAGAGGGGCUAGGAAAGAUAAUCCUGACCUUGUCUUCCUUGGAUUUUGAACCCAGGGAUAAGAGCAAGGAUUACUCCCAUAGAAAACCCAAGCCUAACCAAAGUUCCAAUAGACCAGGUAAUCAGACCAAAACUCAGGUUAGUUCUUACACCCCUAAGAAAAACGAAGUUACGAAUCUGAGUAUUUCUGUCACUCCAGGACAGCCUAAUAAGACCGCUAGAACUCAAAGUUGUGUAUUCUGUGAUAGACCAGAACACAAAGCCUACCAGUGUGACAUUUACAAGACCACGCAAGAGCGCAUUUCAAGACUUACCGCAAAAAAUCGUUGUGUGAAAUGCACUUCACCUAACCAUAAGACAACCGAUUGUCUUGUGAAGUUCCACAAAUGUCUGUCAUGUAAAACUGGACUACACCAUUCAGCAUUGUGCCCUGACUCCUCAACUGAGGUCUCUGCUGUGAACUAUUGUGGAGACAAUGACAGUGACAAAGACUUAAAGUCACAAACAAGUGGAAUUCUCCCUACCGCCUUAAUGAAAGUGGUGUGUCCGCCCACAGGCAACACCAAGGAACUUAGAUCACUGUUUGAUUCUGGGGCGCAACGCACCUUCAUCACACAAGAGGCAGUGGAAGAGUGUAAACUUGUACGAGACAACCCUGUCCAGCUGAGCAUCAGUGGGUUCUGGGAUACCAAAGAACCUAGAGAAUAUAGUACGGUCACUGUACCUGUCAGGGUAAACGAUGACAGCCUUGUAACUUUAAAGGCUAUUGUCGUACCUAAACUACCUCAGAGUGCUAGGCCUCGUGGACUCUGUAAGAUAGUGUCUGAACUGAAGAGCCAGAAUGUCACCCUAGCUGAUCCUAACUUGUCAAGUAGUCAGAUUGACCAGGUGAAACUGCUUGUUGGCAUAGAUCACUACUUUGACUUUAUCCAUUCUCCACAAGCAAACAGAGUGAACCUGAUUGAGUCUCCUUAG